CGUUCGCUCUUGCUCUCUCCUCACCAUUUUUGCUCCUGCCGAGAGCUCUCCCCGAGCUUCCCGAGCUCUCUCGCCAUGCCGAAGAACACAUGCAAGCGCUGCUCCCGCCGCUUCGCGAGCCCCCGCGCCCUCGCCGGGCACAUGCGCUCCCACUCCGUCGCUGCCGCCGCCGCCGCCGCAGCGGCGGCCACGAAGCAACAGAUCUCCUCGGCGUCCUCCGCGUCAACCUCCUUCACCGCCGCUGACGAGGACGUCAGGUUCAAAAAGCCUGCUUCCAUCUACGCGCUCCGGGAGAACCCCAAGCGCAGCCUGCGCGUCGCGGAUGCCGGCUUUUCGGAUCGCGAGAGCGAGGCCGAGUCCACCCCGCCGCGCGCCAAGCGCGCGAGCGCCGCUGCCGCCUGGGGCGAGGCCGAGCCGGUGAGCUCGCUGUCGGACGCCGCCACCCCGGAGGAGGACGUGGCGCUGUCCCUCAUGAUGCUCUCCCGGGACUCCUGGCCGUCGGCCGCGCGCACCGAGGGUGACUACUACGACUGGAGCGACGACGGUUACGCGCUCCCUGCUCCUCCCGCGCCGGCGCCGGCGGAGAAGCGGACGCAGUUCCAGUGCAGCGCGUGCAAGAAGGUGUUCCGCUCCUACCAGGCGCUCGGCGGCCACCGCGCCAGCAACGUGCGCGGCGGUAGGGGCGGGUGCUGCGCGCCUCCCGUGGCUCCUCCUCCCCCGCAGCCCCUGCCGCCGUCGCCAUUGCCGAUGCAUGACGGGGACGAGUACAUGGACGCGAAGCAGCAGCCGCGCGAGUGCCCCUACUGCUACCGCGUGUUCUCCUCGGGGCAAGCUCUGGGCGGCCACAAGAGGUCCCACGUCUGCGGCGCCGCAGCCGCAGCCGCGCAUGCCGCCACCGCCUCCACCUCCGCCGCUCCUCCGUCCCCGAUCAAGAACCCUGGCAUGAUCGAUCUGAACGUCGCGCCGCCGUUCGAGGAAGUGGAGCUCUCUGCCGUGUCAGAUCCCCACUUCAAUCCAGGUUCUUGAAGCAGCCGAGCAGGCAGAUUAGUGCAUCAUUUUGGUUAAUUCCAAUGCCGGAGGUGAUUCGAGGUAAGCAUCAGGGAGAUAAAUCCAAGGAACCAAAAGGUAAAAGAAAAAAAAGGAAAAACAUAUAAUACGAAAAAGAACAAUCUUUUGUAGUUUAUUAUGUUAGCUUGCUUCUACCUUUUCAUUUCAUUGAUUUGUGAUUAGAAUGCUCUGUUGCUGUUUA